AUGGCGGAAUAUCAACGACCCUCCAGUCGCGAAGACUUUGAAAUUGCUGUUAUCUGCGCCUUACGUCGCGAAUACGAUGCCGUUUGUCUUCUCUUUGACGACGAUGGUGACACAUAUGGCCGAGUAAACAAUGACUACAACAAUUAUGAGACAGGCCGCAUCGGCAGGUUUCACGUCGUUGUUGUCCUCCUUGGAGACAUUGGGCCGGUCAGUUCAGGUAGCGCCACAACAGCCUUACGAAUAAGCUACCCAAACAUCAAGAUGGCUCUUGUUGUUGGUGUGUGCGGUGCCGUCCCCAAGUUGGGUGACGACAACAUACGUUGUGGGGAUAUCAUUAUCAGCAAGUCGGUGUUUCAACAUGACUAUGGAAGGCAAAAUCCCGAUCGUUUUGAAAUAAAAGACUCUACCGAGGGCGGGCUGGGUCCAGCGACUAAGGAUAUUCGCAACCUCCUUGUCAUCAUCCAGACGGAUCGAGGGCUGGAGCGACUCAAGAGUAGGACGACAGCUGCCCUUGAGCAACUGCAACAGAAAGCAACAUCAGAGAGGUGGGAGAUUCCACAGGCGAAGGAUGAUGGUCAGAUGGAAGCUGCCAGUUCCUUUACUCCAGCCAUCUUCUUUGGCCCCAUUGCUUCCGGUAGCGCGGUCAUCAAAUCCGAAGAACAUCGCGACAAGUUGGCAAAGGAGAACGGCGCCGUCGCUUUUGAGAUGGAAGGUGCAGGAGUAUGGCCAGAAUUGCCUUGCCUUGUUGUGAAGGGAGUCUGCGACUAUGCAGAUGUGAACAAGCAGAAGAAGUGGCAGGACUUUGCAGCGGCAACAGCAGCCGCGACUGCAAAGGCAAUCCUUCAGCAGUACAUUCAGAGCGACAAACCUGCGAGAGCUGGAGUGUCUGUGCAUACAACAGCCACUCAAGAAGGGUCAACAUACACCGAGACCGUAAAAGGAAACAAGGUCGAACAGGGCAACGAGAUGGGUGUGAGGUCUAACCAGCCGCCGCGAAAUUAUCUCCAGAAGGGGUCCGAGUUUGGAUCUCAUGUCGAAGCUAAUGGGGAUGUACGGCAGGGAAACAAAAUGAGCUUUUUCUAA